AUACAUUUAUUCAUAUUGUUAGAAUCGAAACUGACCUUGUAAUGUACGUUUGAGUUGCUCAGUAAUCAGUUGUUUAUUUUACAUUGUAUAACGGCCGGCUUUGUCUCAUCAUCAAUGGUCUAACUAGCAGUUCAUGCCAUUUAACUGGCCAAAAGUAAACAUCCAACAUCUGUACAUUAAAUGCAUUAUCACUUUACCUUUUCCUUAUUUCCUCAAAAUUACCUAGCUGAAAAAAAAAUCCAACAUGAGUACUUCAGAUGGUUUUGAACUAGCUGUGCUUUGUGAUCAUGACAAGUAUACUGAACCUAUGGUGUGGAUUGGGAUCUACAUUGCAGUAGCAUCAUUGCUUUGCACCCUUGCCAUGACCGCGGACUUGUUUCUUGGUUUCCGAAGUAAAAAAGAUUGGUAUCCUUGUAAGUAUUUUUCUCUAAAUGCCGCAUCUAUUACAGUGAUAACAAUAGCCAUGAAACUGCCUGUGGAUCUAAGCGGUGAGAUGCCACGUCACAUCGACCAAGCAGCCAAACAAGGAAGUUUGGCUUUCAUGUGCACAAUGAUGGCUAACUUUAUGCCUUCUUUGGCAGCUAUGGACAACAAGACACUGCUUGCAAAUAUGGUAGGUUUGUCCAUUCUUGUUAUCACCAUCAUUGUAAAUAUUUUGAUUGAAAUACAUACCGGUGUUAUCAAGCCUGAUACUGUCCAAAUUUUGUGGAUCCAUGAUUUUACUAUUGACUUUGUUAUGGUCGCGUACAUCUAUACGACUGUGAUCACCUUGUUACUAGUAAUAUCAAUUGCAUCUUCUCUAACAAUUCCAACUUCUAAAGAAAUUUUAGAAGUCAAGUAUCAAAUCAAGAACAGAACAUUCUUAACUGAUCAGCAUCUACAACAUACCCAAAUGUCUAUAGUUGAUAAACUAAGGCAAGAUGUGAGAAGAUAUUGGGUCAUGGCAGAAAGUGGUAGCCCUCAAUUUGUGAUGGCUAGCAAUCCAUUAUCCAUUGCUUCUGGAGUAAUUUGUGUAAUUUUAAAUUUCCUGAACUUACUUAUGGUGCAAAGUUUUCCAUUUAGAGAACACCAAUGUGAAUCAGUGUACAGGAGGUCAAUACCUUUCAUUCUCAUGACACAGGUCAUUGGGGUCGGGGUGGGUACCAUUGCUCCGGUGGCAAGAUGUUAUUCAGUUUUGAACUUCAAGUUUUUCACAAAAUGGAAGAGGAAUCAUUUGAUGGUGUUUAUAGUAGAAAAGUACUGGACCCAACUUUUGUGUGAGUGGAAACAAAGGCCUAUACAUUUUCUAUCAAGCAGUAGACUAAGAACCAUGCUCUAUAAUUCAAAAGGUGUCAUUCUAAGCCUUUGUAUUAGACUUCAAAAGAUAAUUGUCAUUUUGUGUAAAGUGAUAUCGCUCAUCCUGACAGUCUUUCCAAUAUUAGUCUUCUCCUAUGUGUAUAUUAGGGUGUCACUGCAGGCAAGUUUUUUUACUCCACCUAUCGUCUCUAGAACUGACGAUAUAGACAAAGACCUUAGCAACUACGUUUUACACAUUCAUGAUGAUAUGGAGGCUACAGCAAGAACACUAAAGCGUAUAUCAAACUCUAGAAAUUCCUUCAUCUUAAAGGCUGAGAAGGAACAAAAUAAGGAUCUUUUGGAGCUUCUUGAGAAAUCUGCCGGAUUCAAAGGAGUAGAGACUUUUGACUCCAAUUAUGUUCAACCUCUGCUUUCUGUUGAACUUGUGAAUAGUUGGAGCUUACCAAUAGUUACCUUAACAUGCAUUGCGGUCGCUCUACCAAAUAUCAGUAAGGACACAACUAAAAACUUGUUAAGUAGUGUUGGUGAAGGUCUUUCAUGCACCCAUCAGGUGGAAGAAAGCCUCAACCAUGGAAAAGAAUAUGCAAAUGUUUUUAGAGGGAAACAAGCAAAAGAGAUUCUUAUGUGGUUUUCUGAUAGAGCUAAAGAAACCGUGAAAGAAAUCAACAUAAGUAUCAGUGGAGAAAUGGUGGAGAACAUUCCUAAGGAGUUGAUUGCUGCCAAUUCAAUGUACCGAAUGGUAGAAACAAUCUUGCUUAGAGAUGAAAGCAACAUAGAACAGAUUAACGAAGAACAAUUGUUUGCUAUUUUAAAUGGCAUGAUUGCAGACAUAUUCUCUGCUUGCUUCACUAACUUACCGCAAGUUAUAAUAGUCAAAUGCCAUGAAAGCGUGAUAGAGAAAAGAGAGGCAAGUGUCAAGGCCGCAGCCAAGCUUCUUGGUAAGACUACAAAGAUAAUAGAAAGACUAGAGAGGUGUGAACUACCAAGCAUGGACCCGGAUAAGAUGGCACAUGUUGAUGAGUGGCGUCAUUAUUUGAAGCAAUCAAUCCCUUAA